AUCUACGCGAAAACGCCAACGCCCCUCAUGCACUACAUGCUGGCCGUGCUGGUGAUGUUGGUGCAGCAGUUCUCCGGCAUCAACGCAAUCCUGCUCUUUGCCUGCGGCCCCCUUCACGCUGGCAUUGGAUACGCCUCGCACGACACGUUCAUCGUGCUGUCGUCCUUGCAGUUCGUGACGACCGCAGUAGCUGCUCAUCUGCUCGACGUCGUGGGCCGAGUGAAACCCCUGGUGGUGUCCGUGGUCGUGAGCACCGGGAGCGUGAUGGCCUUGGGCGGCGUUUACUUCGGCGUCUCGCAUGAUGAACGGGCGCUUGACACCCACCUCGCCGCUCGCAUCACCGUAGUCUGCAAGGUCAUCUUCACCAUCGGUUUCUCUCUCGGUCUCGGUCCGGCGUCCUGGGCUCUCGCCGUCGAACUGGCACCACUACGCAACAGCGGGUUCGAGUUCGGAAGCGUGUGCGCUUUCCAUUGGGCCUCGGCGCUUGCCAUCCUGAGCAUGUUCAGCAUCGUGGGCACCACGACCGCGUCGCUGGCGCUGCUGGUCUUCUUGUCCGGCGCCGUCACGUUCGCGGGCGGCAUGACCGCCUUCAAGCUGCUGCCAGACACGCGAUGCGUCAGCCUCGAGGUAAUCCUGCUGCGAGGCCAGGCGGACGUGACCACCCGCAGGGCGUCCAACAUUAUGCACGCGCUCCACCACCCCACCGCCCUGCAGCAGAUGACCAGGUCAGAGCACGAAGACCCCAAGGCACUGCGAGGCGAACACAAAGGGCACCAGCAGAAAGACGAGCGCCGAUCGUCCGCUACGAGCAUCACCAAGCCAAAGGACAAAGCUCGCGCUAAGCCUCCGGCCAAGCCACAAGCAAGGGCAGAGCCUAGAGCUAAGCCCGAGGCCAGUGCUAAAUGUGACGCUGUGGAAGCGGUUGUGUCGGGCGAAGCUAAGGGCAAGUCCGGCAUGCUGAGCGCAGAAACGCCCGCCGUUUCGCCCGACGAAGCUGCUGCUCAGGAGAAGGAGGAAAUGUCAGGUGCCGACGAGGAAGAGCAACCGUAGGCGCCUCUCGCUCGCGCAGCGUGGCGCCGGACACUCGGGGUGUCAGGCUCGGUUGGCCAGUGGCGCGAUACAAUUGCUCUAAGGAGCGCUGGACGGUGGACCGAGUGAGAUGCGGCGCAUAUUGGGGCGCAAUAUUGCUUAAUGCCGUCUACUCCGGUGCAACAUUUCAUUCGACCACUUUGAAUGACUCUGUUUUGUUAGUUUUCAAUUUUUAUUGAACUUUAUUUCAUGGCGUAACGCCAAAUCUUAAGCGUCACGAAUGCACGGCGUUACUGUUUGUGUUCGCGCUUCUCUUUAGUGAAUGUUGAUUUAGGAAUAUAUAUUGUGUUUAGGU